UCUGACCAUCCCAAACGCAGUCUGACCCUGAAGCCCCCCCCCCAACUCCCAUCCCCACUUCCAUCUCUCCCUUUCCCUCACGAUGGCUGAGCCUCCAGAACCAGUGCACUUCCAGGGGGGCCAAGCAGCAGCAGAAGCAGCAGCACUCGGCUCUGAGCCGGGUGAGUCCACAGAGGUGGAGUGUCCCAUCUGCUACCACGAGUACAACCAAUGUGACAAGUGUCCUCGCAUGCUGGAAUGCCUCCAUGUCUUCUGCACCGAGUGCCUCCAGAGAAUUCAGCUGUCCCCGUAUUCAGCUGAACCCGUGGACCCCCAGAGCCCUCGCAGCCCUGCCAUUUUCUGCCCCCUCUGCCGCCACCCCACACUGCUGGAGACCGGCGACCCCCUCACCCUGCCCUGCAAUUCCCGCAUCCUGGCUCAACUACCCCCCAUGGCUUUCUGCACACCUGUGUCGAUGGCUGCUCACUUGGCCACCGUCACCCAGAGGGUGGUCCUCUCCCUGGAUACCAGCAGGGACGCCCGCUUCAUCAUCCUGCCCACAGUGAGCCUAAGGGUGGAGCAGAUGCACCCAAGCGAUAGGCCCCACGGUGGAGGUGUGGGCCUGGUGGGUGAGGUGGAGGUGCUGCAGCACCACAGGAGGACCUUGGCCGUGGUAUUCUGGGUGUUGUUUAUGAUGACCUGCGUGGUGGGACUGGUGUUUGGGCCCAGGUUUUUCCGCAAUUGAGGGGAGAAGGAACCGAGGGGCCUGUUCCAAUACUUUUACAUGCAGCCUUCCUUCCUUUUGUCUUUCCUUGUUUCCUUCCCCCUUACUCAAGGAAGGAAGGAAGGAAGGGUGUAUUGUCAACAUAUUUGAAUAUGGCCUAAGAUCUAGACUGAACUACGGGGCUACAUCAAACGUAGCCUUGAAACGUCCUAUUAACUGUAAAUUACAUAUCUUUAAAAUAUAUAAAAGGUUGAUGCAUACAGCCUCCUAAUCACAUGUCUAGCUCUGUUAAUUGGUGUUGAGAAAAUUAUAUAUAGACAGAUCUGAGUUUUUCCGCUAUGCACUGAUUUAGAGUUCCCCCUAGUGGUCUAAUCUAGGAGCGCCUAUUACAUUGGGGCGCCAGGUAGCCUAGUGGUUAGAGAGUUGGGCCAUUCAACAGCUUGCUUGUUUCGAAUCCCUCAUCCGAAUAGGAGAAAUGUCUACCGAUCUGCCCUUGAACAAGGCACUUACCCCUAAUUGCUACAGGGUUGCGCAAUAAUGUCUGAUCCCUGGCCUUGACCCCACUCUCUGAGGGUGUCUCAGGGGGAGUGGAAUUUCACACCAAGCACUUGUACAGGUUACCCACUAGUACAUGUGUGAAACAGGACAAAUAUAAGCAGCCCCUAUUUGACCUUUGAU